AACGCUCUAUGGAGUUCGCAGACUCCGCAGAACACGUCUUAUCCCCGUACCGAGGCUGGCAGUCUCUCAGUUCAUGUUCGCCCGCUGAACAUCGCGCGUCGCUAAACAUUUUCAGCCUAGUGAUCACGUGGCCGAGGAAGUGCCUGUACAUGACAAGCGUUGGAUCAUCGAGUUGCGCGGUUGGUUUUAACUAGCUACGGUGCCAAAGCGUGCAGCGCACACAUAUCGAACGACGAAAGCAGAAGUCGAAAGCUGAGUUUGUUGAAAAGUGAAAGUUUUGCAAAUUAACGAAUUCAGUUCCUGCAGUGCGCUGGGUAUAACGUAUAACUCAACCUGCCUGCCUUCCUGCCUACUUGCCUGCCUACUUGUGUUCGGCGGCUAAUGUGGGCCAGGCCGAAUGACAAGUCUAUCGGUGGAGAGCGGUAUAACCCGUUGAUCGGUCUGCCACACCACCGCCGUUCAGUCCAUAUAUUCAAACGUUCGUAAAGAUAGCCGGACGAAAUUUCUCUAUAAGCCACGUCGGAGGUAGGGUGACCAUUUCGGAGUGCAACGACAUCGAACGCCCGUAAAACUUCUGAAAGGACUGACAAAGAAAAUCGGGAAAGAAGCACGCGGCUGAUUCCUCAAGGACGGGCAACGACGACGUUGACAAUAUUACUAUCCCGGGAUAGGAUUUUAAUCUGUCAUGACGUGUCGCCGAUACGAGAGCACCCAAAAACGGUGCAGGCGAUCCGAUUGACAGGCGAUCGAUCAGCCGUCGGUUGUCAGCCAUGAGAGCCAAGGGCGGGCGAAAGAGUUUGAUCAAAUUUCACGUGACAAACCGUCAUCACCUCGCGGCAGCGGCGACAAAGUGAACUGUAUCUUCAUUGUGGACACCCAAGGUGUCGCGAUGGUCUAAGACCUUCGCUUGUUGGUGAGAGUAGAUCGAAGAAGAACGGAAGGCCCUACCGCCCCGCGGACAGCCCGCGCUUUCGGCUUAUAAGUGAUUAAGACCCAAGAAACAGUGACGCAAUUGUACGCAAAUUACGUAACAAUAGUUUGAACAGUGUUCGCAUAUACACCUAUAUACAUAUAUGGUAAAUAAAAAGCGACCGACAUUCGUUUCGAAUACAAAUAAAUCCCAUUAAUAAGACACACACGUGGAAUACAGAAUAGACUUGUGCGAAAAUCAUCGUAAUUGCACUCUGACUGAACGAAGGAGACGCGGAUCUGUACCCGACGUAAGACUUGACAAAAUCUCGUCGACUGCGUGGUUCGAGUCGCGUGCACAUUACAUACGUGAAAUCUCUAGUCCGAAACGCUAACCAUGGCCCUGGUCAACUUCACGCUACCUUAUCAGACGGCGACUCCGUCGCCGUUCCUGCUUCCUGGUGCUCCGGGACACUCGACGGUGAACAAUUUACGCUACAACGCCGUUCCCCCGCCGCCGCCAGCCCCGAGCUACAACAACGAAGACCCUUAUCAAAACGAACCCUACGUUCCACCCGCCGAGUAUCGUCACACCCCCAGUCUCACCACUCAGCAGCAUCAGAGCACUUAUGCUCGAGUCACUCAUGAAACUCACUACGCAAAUUACAACCAAGACUUCAGAAGGACGCAGACAAGGCAGUCCCAGCAGACGAGGCCUCCGCCGACUAUCCCACCGACAAACAAUGUUCUAACCCAGGCACCUCUGCAACAGCAGCCCCGCGGACUACAUGAGGCUAAACAGUCCCAGGCACCCUCACCCGCUGACAACUAUCCCGAAAGACCGAACGGGUAUACCAGAGUUAACAGCGAAGCGUACAGCGGUCCUGGCGCCAAGACAUCCGUUCACGCUGUGCUCGAUUACGACGAUGACUUCGACGACUACUACGACGAGGAGGAGCAAGAAAUGCCGAGUAACACCCACGUCACACCGAUCCAGGGACCAAUAUUUUUAAAAAACGGCUCAGUCCCCGUUGUGCCGCUCUACUCUUACCCGCAAUUGAACAACGGAACCUUCGUUCAAAUACCGAUACUGUGGACUGCGCUGUCCGUGGCCUUGGGGGUUGAACUGCGGGGUGAUUUGGUUCGAGGGUCACCAUGCAUCAAGAGAUACCAUCAACUUUUCUGUCCAACUGCCGGUAACACCUAUCCCAUCGACCGGAUAGAACGUUUCAUCGACGAGAACAAGGCGUUGAUGAAACGGAUGUACGGGGAUUUCGAGAUGAGCACAGAAUACGGUCCGCCGACCAGAGAACCGGCUGGGCAUCGCCGGAAAAGGGCCUCCUCGAAACACGACAUACCGGAUGGCGGGCCCAAACCCGAAGACGACGACGGGGGUAAUUCCGACGGGGAGUCCUACUUCGCCAAGAUGAGAAACACGCGUCAAUCCUUCGGCAACAAUCAGAACAACGAAAGCGGAAGGGUUGACGCUUGCGAAUCAAAGAUAGAGAUAGUGACGCCAUAUUGGGCCAGCAACAGCGCUGGUAAAAUUCGGGCAAUCGUCAACACCCAGCAUUUCGAGCAAGCCAUUCACCAAGAAGUUUGUUCGAUAACAAGGACGAAGAGAUGCAGCGGCGACUGUGGAUGCGAACAAAAGUACAAGUGGCAUCGUCUUCUCGCUUACGAUCCAGACAACGACUGCAAGGGUAUAUUCAUGGACUGGUUCCUCUUUCCAUCGUGCUGCGUCUGCAGGUGCGAUCCUCUUCCUAAAUUUCCAUCGACAAACUCUCGGAAUUAAUACGAUUCUUGAGCGUACGAAGGACGUCGUUUUGUCGAUUCCAUCGUAGCUCCUGACUUAUUCACUGGCGAUGUUCGCCAGUUUUCAAUCGCAGUUCAAUGAGAACUUGCGACCAACGACGUAAGUUGUAAACUAGAUAUAAGUAAAAUAAAUUCGAUCGUAUUCCUAGUAGAGUAAAAUCCAAGACUGGCAAGUGACCCGUUCUAGAUUGUCUUGGAAGUUAUUUAUCAUUUAUUAGUCGCUCGAAAUAGUUCCAUAUUUAUGUUUUAUCUGAAAAUCUUUAUUUAGAGCGAAAAUUUAUAGUAGUAUGUAAAUUAUGGAACAGCCUAGAUAGCCAAAUGAAAUUUCACGCUGCGUUGUACAUGUAUAAAAUAUCAUUAGCGUUAUAAGAUUUUAUACAUAAGCCAGUCUUCUUUUUCUUCUUUUUCUUUUUUUUUUCUCGAAUAUGUGCCUAGUAUAUCUCUGACUUUUGAUAACACCAUUUUAUUGUAAGGUUAUUUUAGCUAAUAAUUGGAUAAUAUAUCGAUAAUUAUAGUAGCUGUGUACUUCUAUGCGUAGAUAUCAUUCUACGAUUUCAACACAUCAUUCAACACCUGCGACAAAAUCUCACCUUCAAUAAUUGUUAAAAAUUAUUAUACCAAUACAGGAUCGAAUAAACUAUUAAGACUACGAUAA